AUGGCAGUUCAAAUUCAACGACCUGGUCUUCUAUCUUCAAGCUCUUCGAAUCAAUGUCAGCCGCGGAUGUCGAUAGUUACUCUUAUAUCCUGCAAAAAGGCGGCACAUCUGGAUUGUUUAUCAGAUUGCUGGAGCAAUCCUAGGAACCAGUUGUUAGUUAGAUAUGGAUUUUUGGAAAGGAGUCUUAAUAGGAAACCUCUAAAGAGAUCACGGAAGCUAGUGCAGCCUUUUCUCCGUGCAUCUGGUGAUGAUGGAGUGGCUGUUAAUGGAAGUCCCCAGUCAAGAUCUAGUGGUGAUAUUGAGAAGUUGAGGGCUAAUCUCACCGGAUCACUGCAAGACGAAAGCAACUGUAAUGGACUCAUUCAGGCUUUGCACGAUGCUGCUAGAACUAUUGAGUUGGCAGUGAAAGAGAAGAUUACUCCGUCCAGGUUCUUAUGGUUUUCAGCUACCUGGCUGGGUGCUGAUAGAAAUGCAUGGGCGAAGACUCUUUCGUAUCAGGCUUCUCUGUACUCCUUAUUACAAGCGGUAAAUGAGAUUUCAUCUAGAGGAAACAACAGAGACGAGGAUAUUAACGUCUUCGUUCAAAGGAGCUUAUCACGCCAAGCAGCUCCCCUUGAGAGUAUGAUGCGGGAUAAUCUAUCUUCGAAACAUCCUGAAGCCUAUGAAUGGUUUUGGUCCGAGCAAGUUCCUUCUGUAGUGACAUCUUUUGUGAAUUAUAUUGAGGGGGAUCAACGAUUUCUUGCUGCCACUUCUGUCUAUACAAAAGGAAAGUCCUCAGCUGUAAGUAAUGAUAUUGAGGUGUCACUUCUCAUGCUUGUACUCAACUGCAUUGCAGCAAUCACGAAACUUGGCCCGGCAAAAUUUUCCUGCCCGCCCUUCUUUUCGUCGCUUCCAGACACAACUGGAAGAUUGAUGGAAAAAGUUGUAGACUUCGUUCCACUCCCUCAAGCCUAUCAUUCAAUCAAAAGCAUUGGCCUACAAAGAGAAUUUCUUACUCAUUUUGGUCCUCGCGCAGCAUUGGGCACAGUAAAAGGUGACUUUGCUACAGCUGAAGUUGUUUUCUGGAUCGAUCUUAUACAGAAACAACUGCAGCGAGCGAUAGAUCGGGAGAAAAUAUGGGCAAGGUUAACAACAUCCGAAAGUAUAGAGGUUUUGGAGAGGGAUUUAGCAAUUUUUGGAUUCUUCAUUGCCUUAGGCAGAAGCACUCAGUCCUAUUUAGCGGCAAAUGGUUUUGAUUCUCUAGAAAAUCCUUUGGAGGACCUUGUUAGGCAUCUGAUUGGGGGAAGCGUCCUGUACUAUCCUCAACUUUCAGCCAUCAGUUCAUACCAACUGUAUGUAGAGGUUGUUUGCGAAGAAAUGGAAUGGAUUCCUUUCUAUCCAAAUAAUACUGGCGCACAGCCUCCAAAACAAUCGCAUGGGCAUAGGAGCAAACCAGAAGGGCCACCUAAUUUUGAAGUUAUACCCCAAGUGCUGGAUGUUUGCUCUUAUUGGCUACAGAGCUUUAUCAAACAUAGUAAAUGGCCAGAGAAUCCUUCUAAUGUCAAGGCAGCAAGAUUCUUAUCCAAGGGGCACAAGACUGUGAUUCGGUGCAAGGAAGAAUUGGCGAUAUCAAAGAAUGCGUCAUCAACUGUUAGAGAGGCGGACUCAUUUGACAAGGCCCUAGAAAGUGUAGAUGAAGCCCUCGUGAGACUGGAAAGCCUGCUACAGGAGCUGUAUGUAUCAAAAUCAUCGUCUGGAAAGGAACAAAUAAAAGCCGCUUGCUCUGACCUUGAGAAAAUACGGAAGCUUAAAAAAGAGGCUGAAUUUUUGGAGGCAACUUUCAGAGCCAAAACAGCUUCCUUGCAACAGGGAGGUGACAAAAAUGAUUCUCAGGAAUCCUACAAGGUACAGAACAGGUAUUUUAAAGGGAAAGAUACAAAGAAUGCAAUUAGUUCUGAAGAUCAAGGCAAAAGUCGUGGAUUCUGGGGAUUCUUUGUGCGGCCUCCAAAGAGUAAGCCUGAUCCUGAGUUAUUGGUAGAUGAAAAUACUGGCAAAAACGGUGGAAACUUAAUUAGCAUGGAUUCUGAGACAAAUGAGAUCAGUCGAUUUGAAAUUCUAAGGAACGAACUAAUAGAACUGGAAAUGCGGGUCAAAAGAAGCACUGAUCAGUCAGUAGAUGAGGAGGAUAGUAACCAGCUGCUACUGCAAGAUGCCGUAACGGAAAAAAUCUCUGAGGAUCCUGGUCAAUUAAGCAGUAGAUCGAAAGGCGUUCAGUUGGUUCAGAUUCCAAAGAAGGAGAACAUAAUAGAGACAACUCUUCACAAGCUAAGAGAAGCCACCACGGACGUGUGGCAAGGUACUCAGCUUCUUGCAACUGAUUCAGCAGCUGCUGUGGAGCUACUUAGGAGGUCUCUGAUUGGUGAUGAAUUAACAGGAAAAGAAAAGAAAGCUCUUCGCAGAACCGUCACUGACUUGGCAUCAGUUAUUCCCAUCGGUAUUCUAAUGCUUCUUCCUGUUACAGCGGUUGGUCACGCAGCUAUACUGGCCGGAAUUCAGAGAUAUGUGCCAGGCCUGAUUCCUUCCACAUACGGGUCAGAAAGGUUGAACCUAUUGAGACAGCUUAAGAAAGUCAAGGAACUCCAAACAAACGAAACCGAGACCGAAGAAGGCAUCGAGGAAAUAGCAAACACAUGA